UCUAGGGGCGGAUAGAUCCCCGCCUCCCCACCUCGCUCGAGGCUAGUGGCAAGAGCAAUUCCCAACACCUUUUCAUUUGCCAGUCUCUCGUGUUUAGAGUCAUUUCAAAAUCAGUAACCAUGUCCAAAAUCGCUCUCAUCACCGGCAGCACACGCACCCCUCGUGUAGGAACCGACGUUGCAGGAUGGGUUCAUGAGGUGAUCAAGUCACGCCCGGAAGAUAAGCUAGAGGUCGAACCUUUGUCCAUCGCCGACUUCAACCUGCCAAUCUUUGACGAGCCCGUCAUGCCCGCAAUGGUCCCAGCCAUGAAGCAGUUCACCAAGGAUCACUCCAAGAAAUGGAGCGAAGCCAUCGCUUCCUUCCAGGGCUAUAUCUUCGUCAUCCCCGAGUACAAUGGUAGUAUGUCAGGGGCCACCAAGAACGCCAUCGACUACCUGUACAACGAGUGGCCAGGGAAGCCUGUGGCCGUCAUCAGCUACGGCUCACAUGGCGGGGAGCGCGCCAAUAAGCAUCUCAGCGAGAGCCUGGAGCUUGUCAUGAAGAUGAAGGUCGCCCCGACCAAGGUCCAGCUCGCCUUCGCCCCAGGUACCGACGUCUUCGCCGCCAUCAACGACGGCGUCUUGGGCGAGGACACUAAGAAGGCGUGGACUGAGGCCGGAGCGAAGGAUCAGAUCCUCAAGGCUUUCGGGGAAGUCAAGGAGAUUCUAGUGCAGUAGGAAUGGGAUAGGACAGUCUGAAACCGACAAAACACCUACCUAGACAUGCUAGGUCGACCCUCACCAAUAAAAAUCAAGUUUGAUAAAUAAUUUAAACACUGCUUAGUUCUUGCAUAGUAAAAAGUAAACCCAAACAACAUAUUAGUCCAUUGAAAUACAUCAUUGGACAUGAUGCAGUCACUUAAUUUCCAUCCUUCUAUCCUGCGAG